UUAUAUUAUCCGUAUGUAGAAAUUCCAUAAAAAGGACGUAUAAAAUGGUUACAGACAAAUCAGACGGAGCCUGCCAACUGCACAAUGUGCAGUUCUACAAUCUGUUGCCACGUGCAAUCGUUUGUUCAGCGUUUGAACCGGUGCAGAAGAAGUUAGCACUAGCGAGGGAUGAUGGUACGAUCGAAAUCUGGAACAUGGCAAAUGCUCCGUUCCUAGAAAAAAACAUUCCCGGCGGCGAGGGUAUAUCGAUCGAGGGACUCGCGUGGGCCGGUAGCCGACUGUUUUCCGUCAGCCUUGCCGGUACACUGAUCGAGUGGGAUCUGGGCAAAAUACCGUGCGUGAAGCAAUCCAUCCUGGUGACGGGCAAUGCAGCGUGGUGCGUAGACGUUAGUAAAGAUGAACGUUUGCUGGCCGUCGGUACCGAGGGUGGUUACAUCAAUGUGUACCGGUUGGACAACGAGGAGGUGGCUUACGAGCGCAUUUUGGACAAACAGGAAGGGCGUAUCGUUUGCUGCUGUUUCGACUGGACGGGUGACUUUCUGGUGACGGGUUCGGCCGAUGCUGUGCGUGUGUGGGACGUACGCAAUGGGCAUGCCGUGCACAAGAUGACUACCGGCCGUUCGAACCGCAAUCAGGAAACGACCGUAUGGGCGGUACUGGUGAUGCAAGAUUUCACUAUCGUAUCGGCCGAUUCUCGUGGCAAGCUGGUAAUAUACGAUGGGCAGAUGGGUACGGUGCUAGAACAGCACGUUGUAUCGUCGGCCGAUCUACUCUGUUUGGCACAGGACGUGGAAAGGAACGUCAUAUACGUUGGCGGCGUAGAACCAACGAUACGUGUGUUUGAACGUAUGACAACGAGACACCACUCGGGAGACAAGCGGUUCGUACGCUCGUAUACCCGGCGCGGUCACACACACGACAUUAAAACGAUGACCGCGCAUGGGCGGUACUUAUUUUCGGGUGGACUUGAUGGAUCGCUCAUUAUUACAGCGGCGCGACCAGUGACGGUUGAUGUGCUCUUUCCCUUGCUACCUUCACCGGCCUCCCAGGUGGCACCCGAUUGCCGGCUAGUACUGUUAAAAUACGUCAACUAUCUGGAAGUUUGGACCUUGGCACCGUCCAACAAACCAUCCCAGGGCGGCACCAAAGUCCUACAGAUACGUAGUAAAAACGACGAACACAUCGUGUGUGCGGCAAUCUCCCCAAACGGAAGAUGGAUCAUUUAUUCGACCGAACACACGGUUCGACUGCUUCGCUACGAUUACAACCGUCAGGAUCCGGUCAAUUCACGCCUGCUGCGCGUACGCAACACACCGGAACAUUUAGCCGUUUGCUAUCGGGCAGACUUUACGCACGAUUCGACCGGACUCUUUCUGUACGAUCGAACUGGCGAAGGUACGAUCAACUUCUUCAGCUGUGCCGCGGACGAUAAUGAGGAAUGGGACCACAAACAGUCGAUAGACGCUGGUCGUUGGCUGUCGGAAAUGGUACACCUGUCGGCCGUUUCCAGCUGCAACCAGUAUCUGGUGUGCGGCGACACUGCCAGCUCGAUCGUCGUCUUCGAACGGUCGGCCGAAUCGAAAUGGAAACGUUCGAUAUCGCUUCCACGGUACAAACUUCCACCAACUGCGCUCGCUAUACAACCGGGCCGGACACGGCUAGCGGUGGCCUUUUCCGACCACAAACUGUUCGUGUACGAUUUCGACCAGUUUUCGUUUGUGUUUUCAACCUACGUAAAGCUUUCGGCGGCCGCUUACUCGAUCGCCGGCAUUGCAUUCGAUCCACGGCACGAAUCGGCGAUGGUGUUGCAGAAUGGCUCGAAAAUAUUGUCCCUUCAGUAUGGGCCCGAUAUUGAGGAAGAAAUGCUGCAACAGGAGGAACGUAGCUGGAACAAGCGGCAGCGUCCCAUGCUGAACGGAUCGAUGAACGGGAGCGGUGAGGGAAGUCUAACAAGAUACAAACUGCGCACGGUACGGGAUGCACCUCGGUUGGUCGCAAUUGAGUGGCUCGGGGAGAACGAGCUGGUGGCGACCCAGGCUAAUGCACUUUCGAUGGUCGAACAUUUACCGGCCGCGUUCCGCAAAAAGGCGUACGGAAAGCGAUAAAG